AUGUGUCUUCCGGUGGCGCGUUCAACACCCGUGUGCGGAACAGGUCAAAGCAAUUUCAGGGAACAAUUCAACGAGAAUACCGCUUUCGUGGACGGGUCCAUGAUUUACGGAAGCAGUGACCGAGACCAGUUUCUAUUCCGUCAUGGCGCGUUCCUGAAAACGAAACUUGUCAAAAAUCGAGUCUUUCCACCGAUUGACACCAACAUGAAUGUGGUGGCUGGUGACGACCGAGCGAAUAUUUUUGUUGGCUUGGCUGCUCUGCACACAUUGUUCGUCCGCGAGCAUAACAAUAAGUAUGAGUUUGGAAAUCGCUCAGUUGAAAGUCUGACGUUCAGAAUUGCCUCCACCCUACAACGAAUCAAUCCUCACUGGGAUCAAGAAAGAAUCUUCCACGAGACAAGGAAGAUUGUCGGAGCUAUUUUACAGAGAAUAACAUACGCUGUGAGUUUUUCUUAG